GCUGCAGUUCGCUCAACUUGCGGCGCGAAAAGGGCGCGCAUGCUCCUUAGGGGAAUGCGCAGCCCCGCAGAUAACGCUGCUGCUUGGUAGCUCUUGGUGGCUGCGUGACUGCAGUAUUGAGGCCACCGCUUCGCGCAGAUCCGGUCCCACAUUUAUCACCGUCACUCUCACUUACCCGCACACUUUCCCCUGAAGCUCCUUUACUCCCGCACACCCUAAACCCGUUGGCAAGAUUCCCCACCAUGGAUCCCGAACCUUCUGAACCCUCGACCGACGUCGUCUCGGUUCCGAACCAGCCGCCCAGCCCGCGUUCUGGGCCUGGUGUCCAGGGUCUCGGCGCUGGGGGCGACUCAGGUACCAUGAGCCAGGAUACUGAGGUGGAUAUGAAGGAGGUGGAGCUGAAUGAGCUAGAACCGGAGAAGCAACCGAUGAACGCGGCGUCGGGGGCAGCGGUGGCUGUGGCGGGUGGCGCCGAGAAGAAUGGUCUGGUGAAGAUCAAGGUGGCGCCGCGCUGUCGCGAGCUGCCGGUGCAGAGGUGGUGGCACAAGGGCGCCCUCUACCGCAUCGGCGACCUUCAGGCCUUCGUGGGCAGCGACGAGGGCAACCUAGCGGGUCUGAAGGGUCAUCUUGAUUACCUGAGCACUCUAAAGGUGAAGGGCCUUGUCCUGGGCCCAAUUCACAAGAACCCGAAGGAUGAUAUUGCCGGGACCAACUUGGAAGAGAUCGACCCCACUCUUGGCUCCACGGAAGAUUUUGACAAUCUCCUGCAAUCAGCAAAGAAAAAGAGUAUCCGUGUCAUUCUGGACCUCACUCCUAACUAUCGUGGCCAGAACUCGUGGUUCCUGCCCACUGACGUUACCACUGUGGCCACCAAGGUGAAGGAUGCUCUGGGAUUUUGGUUGCAGGCUGGUGUAGAUGGGUUCCAAGUCCGGGAUGUGGAGAAUCUGAAGGAUGCAUUCUCACUCUUGGCUGACUGGCAGAACAUCACCAGCAGCUUCAGUGAAGAUAGGCUCUUCAUAGCAGGAACCAACUCCCCUGACCUGCAGCAGAUCAUGAGCUUACUGGGAUCCACCAAGGACCUGCUAUUGACCAAUUCAUACCUGUCAACUCCUGGUUUCACUGGGGAGCACACAAAAUUCCUUGUCACCCAGUAUUUGAAUUCCACUGGCAGUCACUGGCGCAGCUGGAGUUUGUCUCAGGCAGGUCUCCUGAGUUCCUUCAUACCAGCUCAACUUCUUCGACUCUACCAACUGCUGCUCUUCACCCUGCCGGGGACCCCCAUUUUCAGCUAUGGGGAUGAGAUUGGCCUGCAGGUGGCUGCUGUUUCUGGCCAGCCUAUGGAGGCCCCUGUCAUGCUGUGGGAUGAAUCCAGCUUCUCAAAUGUCUCAGGAUUCCUAAGUGUCAACAGGACUGUGAAGGGCCAGAGCGAAGAUCCUGAUUCCUUCCUUUCCCUGUUCCGGCGGCUGAGUGACCAACGGGGUAAAGAGCGCUCCCUGCUGCAUGGGGACUUCCACGCACUGUCUUCUGAGCCUGCACUCUUUUCUUAUGUCCGCCACUGGGACCAGAACGAGCGUUUCCUGGUGGUGCUCAACUUUGGGAAUGUGGGUGUCUCUACCAGCCUGGCAACCUCCAGUCUGCCUGCCAGCACCAGUCUGCCUGCCAGUGCCGAUGUGCUGCUCAGCACCCAGCCAGGCCGUCAGGAGGGCACCUCCCUUACGCUGGAACGCCUCCACCUGGAGCCCUAUGAGGGGCUGCUGCUCCGCUUCCCCUAUGUGGCCUGACCCCAGCCUGACAAGGACCCACUACCCUUUCCAUCUUCUCCCCCAGGCCCUUUGGGUUCUGUUCUCCCCCUCCUUUCUUCCUUUUUUUAAUGUUGAAGAUUACAGAUGAACUCCCAAAUAGGUUAUCUUCCGCUUUUAAAUAAAAGUCACAAACCCUG